AUGCCGUCUGCUACUGCGCUCUCUACACAACAGAUCCCUCUGACGUGCUCUGGCCACACCCGGCCCGUGGUCCAGCUGAGCUUCUCGGAUAUCAUUCCUGGAAACCACUACAUGCUUAUCAGCGCUUGCAAAGAUGGCAAGCCGAUCUUGCGCGAUGGAGCGACUGGCGACUGGCUCGGCACGUUUGUCGGGCACAAGGGCGCCGUAUGGAGCGCAAUGCUGAACGCUGACACGUCGCGCGCUGUCACUGCGUCCGCCGACUACACCUCCAAGGUCUGGAAUGCAUUCACCGGCGAGGAGAUCGUGUCUCUGGCGCACAACCACAUUGUGAAGAGCGCCGAUUUCGUGGACGCCGGCAACACGGUGGUGACCGGCGGGCAGGACAAGCAGGUGCGGCUCUUUGACCUCGCACGGCCCGACUCCCCGACCGUCGUGGCAUCGCACGAGUCGGCGGUGCGCAGUGUGCGGUGGGCCAAGAACCACAGCAUGGCUGUCAGUGCCGACGACCGGCAUGUGCAGUUCAUCGAUCUGCGGUCCUCAGCAGUAGUCAGGACCAUCGAUGUGCCCGACGCCAUCGCCAACAUCUCACUGACUGGCGACGGAAAGCUGCUGUCGUGCGCUGCUGGCAAGCGCAUCCUGGCAUGGGACGUCGACUCGCUCAAAGUGGUCAAGGACAUCACGGUGGACUAUGACGUAUCAACCGCGGCUGUCAACCCGCAACGCACGCGGAUCGUCACGGGCGGAAAGUCAGACUUGCUGAUCCGCAGCUACGAUUUUGCGACCGAGAAGCAGCUGGAGACGCACAAGGGCCAUCAUGGGCCGGUCCAUGACGCCUGCUUCAGCCCCGAUGGCGAGAUCUAUGCGACGGGGUCCGAGGACGGAACCGUGCGCCUGUGGCAGUCGAACCCUGGCACCGCCUAUGGCCUGUGGCAGCUGAGGAAGAUCUGA